GCCGAGGUUUUUUGAAAGGCGUCUCCUCCUUCCGUUUCUUCCCCUUCGUCUCCCCCAGCACACAACCGAAGCCGCGACGAGAAAGAUAACCCCCGCGGCCCCGCGGGCAGAAGCACCGCGAAAGCUCGCUCCUUUUGCCCCCCAACGCCCGCCUAGGGUUUCGGCCCGCCCCUCUCCCGGCGCCCCCGCUUCGCGCCAUCUCCCGAUUCGAUACUCCCAAUUCCACCCCGAUCUGGGGGAGGGGGAGUUACCCGGUGGCGGCGUUGGUGUUGAUGACGUGGUCGCGGCGAUAGAUGGGCGCGAUGAAGGUGGAGGAGCGGGGCGGGUGCACGGAGAACCGGCAGCAUCUGGCGUUGUCGAGUCCAUCGGCGUCGGAAGGGGGGGGCUAUGGCGGGCUCGCGGGGAUGUCUCCCGCGGAUUCCAUCUCCGGUCGUAGGCGAACAAGUGGCCCUGUAAGGAGAGCUAAGGGCGGCUGGACACCUGAAGAAGAUGAAACAUUGCGCAAGGCAGUUUAUGCUUUCAAGGGUAAAAACUGGAAGAAGAUAGCCGAAUCUUUUCCUGAUAGGACAGAAGUACAAUGUCUACAUAGAUGGCAAAAAGUUCUUGACCCUGAACUAAUAAAAGGACCUUGGACUCAAGAGGAAGAUAACACUAUUAUCGACAUGGUGAAGAAGCACGGGCCAAGGAAAUGGUCUCUUAUAGCAAAGUCACUAGAUGGUCGUAUUGGUAAACAGUGCCGAGAGAGAUGGCAUAAUCAUUUGGAUCCACAAAUAAGGAAAGAAGCUUGGACUACUGAGGAGGAGCAAGUGCUUGUUAAAGCUCAUCAUUUGAAUGGUAAUAGAUGGGCAGAAAUAGCAAAACUUCUUCCUGGAAGGACAGACAACUCAAUCAAGAACCAUUGGAACAGUUCAGUGCGAAAAAGGGUAGAAGACUACAAUAACAGGGUUGGCAUGCCAGUUCCACAACAUGCCAUUCAUAAUGAUUUGAAACAUGCAGCAAAGCUGCCACCUGCUGAUAACCAUAUUGACUUGACUAAAGAGCAAAGUAUCAGUUUGAAAGACCACAUGGUAAUAGUUGAUCACUCUGAUGCUAUCCAGAGUCCGCCGGUAUGCUGUUUCAAAAAUAUUAAGGGCUGUUCAGGCUUCCUCUCUCUUUCCAUGCCAACCGCUCAACCAGUAACACUAUACAAGACAUCAGUGUCUGAUGAUUCUGCUGUUGCUUUAGGAAUAAUGGGGCUGAAAAUGGAUUCUGGUCAUGACAAGGACAUGGAACUAAAAUUUGUUUCUGAGAAGGGUCUGGCAAUCAAUUUACCAAAUGAGAAGAGCCCGGAAAUUGAUCUCAUAACAGAUAAAAUGGGACCUUCAGGACUAGCUAAGUCAGAAGGUGAAACAGCCAACAUUAUAUGUGAAUCACCCUCUCAGAAUGAAGCUCGGUCCUUUGGUUCUCUUUGUUAUCUGAUUCCUACGCAAGAUGAUACUGAUCUUGCUCGUUCCCCAGUUUUCUCAACACAUCAUGUACGGGAACACUGUGGGAUUGGAUUUCAAUCACCCACUGGUUAUUCUACUCCCUCUCCUAGAGAUGGAAAGAAGUCAAAUCACUUAAGUGUUGAAUCAAUAUUGAGGAGCGCCGCUGAAAACUUCCCAAGUACUCCUUCUAUACUGAGGAGAAGAAAAAGGGAGAAACCAACGCCUGCUCAAGAUUGUGAGCUUAGGAUCGACACAAAUAGUGAUAGUUUUGAGACUCCUAUAGGAAACUUCACUACAGAUAGCCCACAUUCAUUUAAAACUGCAACAUUGUUGUCCUUGGGCCAUCUGGAUGACCAGAAGUUGCCUGCCGCUUUGGGGAAGUUCGAUGUUUCCCCUUCAUAUCGACUAAAGUCAAAAAGAAUGGCUGUCUUGAAAACCAUCGAGAAGCAUCUAGAUUUUUCGUCUGAUGCAAUGGAUAUUUAUGAUUCUGCUGGGGUUCUGAAAUCUGCUUGCCUGAGUUCUGAAAGCAUCAAUUCCAGCACAGAUAAUUCAAGCGUGCAAGAUAAGAAAAUGGGUGAUCAUAUGAUUGGAUUGGAAACUCCAACUAAUGACUUCGUACACAAAGCCAGUUAGAUGCAACCUAAUUAUGCAGUAUUCAGGUAGCAAGAAACGGCAGGUGUUCUGCCGAAGAGGACAAGAAGACCUUAUAGACAGUGACGUGGGAAACAUAAACUUUUGCAGUUUGUUGAUCUGCCGGGUACAGAAGAAUCAUUUACCUCGCUAUCUCUCCUUGACGGGGCGGGGUGUAUAUUCUAGUGAUAAUUUUUCAACAGGAUAAACAUUGCUGCUUACAAUCUGUGAGCUCUUAGUUAGCACUUCAAUUUUAGGAAAAGAUCAAAAUGUGUACAAUGUAAAAGUAAAACAUCGCUUUACAGACUUGCAGUUCAAUAUGACUCCAGGUACUUUCUCUUUCAAUGAGCGUCUGUACUGGGGCUCUACAAGGACUUGUAAUCCCUUCUCAAUUGUAAACAUUCUGACUGCAUUCUGAUGGUUCCUACUUGCUAGGUUGGAUAUUUUUUUAACC